AUUAUACUUUAAUUGUGCCAUCGACAGUGGUGGUCAUAAUUCCUGGUGCCUGUGCGCCACUUGUCGUGCUGCGUUUCUCGCCGCUGCUCUCCGCCAUGGUUGUCAAUUUUUGUCGCGUUCUGUGUCUCGUGAGGUUCCAACGUGUUUGAAUUGGGCCCGAGUUGGCGUGCUGAGACUGAGUUCUGCUCCAUAGCUUCGAGCUUCCCAGUCGACCUGCUCGUGGGACGGGUAGUUGGAUCUGUGCUUGCUCCAGCCUCUUCAGCUGUGGCGGAUCUUGAGUUGAAUUCGGCUUUUCGGGUAGAGGUGUGAGGCGUGAAUGCUAAACUAUUGCGCAUCGUGCGUGUUCAAGCAGUUCUUGCGUAUGCAAGGCAUUCAAAAGUAGGAAAUAGUAAAAUAUCAGGCAGUCAUGAAGCUGGAUGGCUCGAAGUUUCUGAAUGCCGCAGAAAGCCUUUUAUUUAGGAAGAAUGGCCGAACAAAUCAAGUCUUAUCAAACGGCAUUUUAUUGUCAGAUGCAGAAGCCGUAGGCAAUCAUGUGCAGACAAGUAAGCAAGGUGGCUGCCCUACUCCCACUUUUGUUCCUUACACAGCCACAGUUUCUUGGCACACAGGCGCACGAAACUUGUUCUCUCGAUUUUUCCCUAGGUACGGCAACUACUGCGGACCAAAUUAUUCGAGUGGCCGCGAAUCUGGCUCACUUCACUGGGACAAACCCCCUACAGAUUGGGUGGAUUACUGCUGCUACCGGCAUGAUAUGGGCUAUGACGCAUAUGAUCAAGCACAGUUACUCGAUGCGGAUCAUCAUUUCCUCAAAUGCCUGCAAAAGAUACCUGAGACUGCAAAAAUCUCACCGAUGGGAGCAACGUAUCAGAACCUGUACAUAUUGGGUCUUCAAAGUUUUUUGAUACCAUACAGGGGCUUUUUGGUGAAGAAGAUAGAAGAAGCAAAGAGGAGAAAAGUAAGAGGAGCGGUAGGGAUUGUCAAAGAAUUGCGAGAGAACGGUGCUCCAAGCAUGAAUCGCAGCGACAUGAAUUCAUGGCAAGUCUUGACCAGCCUGAUGAAUUUGACCCUCACACUUUUGUAAAACAAACAAACAGAAAAGAAAGAAGAAAGAAACGCGUAGACCGAGCAGCAAAUUUUUUCUGCAUUCAUGAAUAGACAUAUCAUAAGAGGGGAAGAAACGACAUUGUAGCUGAUUUUUUUCUUGAGUGCUAAUGGUCCUGUGAAAUGGGAACAGAAUUGGAAGGCAGUUGUAAUGCCGUAACGAGCAUCACAGUAAGAUGUUCAGAUCAACUCCCAUUCUUUAGUGGAAGUGGUUCAAGCUUGUCACUGCGGCAUAGAUUUGCAUUACAUUUUUUUACUCUAUUUCCCUAGUCUUCCUCUUACCGAACAUUUGUAGCAUCCAGUAAUUUACUGUCAUGUGUAACUCAUUUACUGUGGAUUUGAAGUGUAUAUUAACUUCAAACCAAUCACAAAUGUUUCGUCCGAAAGUCCACAUGUUUUUAAA